AUGGCGGCGGACAAGGCGGUUACCCGAUCGCCGGAGCGAUCCAGGACGACACGCAGCGGCGACGACGUGGAGCACGAGGAAUAUAGGGAAGCCAAGAAGAUGAAGACAAAUCUGGCGACGGAGGAAGCCGCCGCCGACGGCAGGGAGGAGGAGCUGGAGAUCCCAUCUCCGCCCCUUCAGCCCUACAUCCCCGACGAGCUAAUGGACAGGCAUGCCUACCCGGAGAUAUUCGCCGCGUACGAGCUCGCCGAAGCCGCAUUCUCUCAAAAACAAGAUCGCGUGGAGAAGCUGCUGCCCACGCGCCAUUACUUCGAAAAGCCGCUCCUCGCCAUGCCGGACUCCGCGAAGAAGGCAGUCCUCUCCGCCGCCAGAUCCCUCAUCGGCCUCUCCUCCUUUCGCGGUGGCGAGCCGCUGGCACGGUCCGCUGGUGUCUGGAUCAAUUGGGAUGAGGGGAGCCGAAAGGGCGUCGUGUUGACGACCGCACAUCUGAUCCGUGCCAAAAAGCCAUUGGUCAAAAGCCACCGGCGGUGCAAAGACCAGUACCUGUAUCAUCGCGACGCUCAAGUUAUUGUUCACUUGCUCGAUGAAACCACUGCGGAGGGCCGCCUGCUCUAUCACCAGGAGCAUUACGACAUUGCUUUCUUUAUGGUUGCAAUGGAUCAACGUGUUCAACUAGCCUCUUUUGCUGACACAGUCAACAAUGGUCAAGUGACUUUGUUGCUUGCAAGAGAAGAAAAUUUGGAUCUAAAGAUAACCCAUGGCAAAGUGAAACGGAAAGCAGGACACCACUUCCUGUACUUUUCCCAAGAUAACGAAUAUGAGGACGACGGUUGCGGAGGGCCAGUUAUUGACUUUGAUGGAAAGGUUGUGGGGAUGUUCAACGGUUGUAGAAGAGGGCCUUUUGUUCCUUCUUCUGUUUUGAAUGGGUGCAUGGAUUUGUGGAGGAAUUUUGGGUGCAUCCUUCGGCCCCACCUUGGGUUGCAAUUUGAGGCCAUCAAGUUUCUAGAUCCCACUCGUGGUGAGUACAUAUGGCGGAAGUUAAACAUUGAUGACGGUCUUGUUGUUGAAGAGAUGUCAGCAGGAUCCCAUGCUGAGAAAAUUGGAAUCCGAGUAGGUGAUAUUAUUGAUUGCAUUAAUGGAGAACGCAUCUCUACGACACUUGAGUUGGAAAACAAGUUGUUGAGCAUAUGCAUGGGCAAUUUUAAUAGAGGAAAUCUCGAAGUUGAUGUUUCAAUCCGGGUAUUUCACACAGCCAAACGUCUCCGGAGGACAAUAAAUUUAACUGUAAAUGUAUCUGAUCGUAAAGAAGUUAUUGAACAAGGUAUACAAGUCUGUUUUUAA